CAAAAACAUAGAAUUUUUAAAUGUUUGUUUUCUAUUUAGCAUAUUUAAAACAAAUCACUAUUUUUUUAAAGCUUUGUUAAAUAAGCUUCUGCUGGAAGGAACAGAUCAAUACUUUAUUUUAAUUAAACUUAUGUAACAUUUAUCUUCUUUUUAAUGGGAAUUGUAUGAAAAUUAGGGACAUGCAAGCUGUUCCUGUGCUAAAUACUUCAUUCACUACUUUCAAUCUGAAUGGUUUCUUGGAUUUGGGAGAAUGGAGGCCCUUUUUAUUCAUUCCCUAUUUUCUUAUGUUUAUGUUGUCUACUAUCUCAAACUCUGUUCUCAUAUAUUUAACUAUAACUCAGACAGCGCUGCACUCUCCGAUGUGUAUACUAAUUGGUCUAAUGGCUGUGGUUGAUCUGCUUUUGCCAAUAUUUUUUGUACCAAACAUGCUGCUCAGCUUUUUGUUCAGCUGGACUGAGAUUUCUCUUGCUGGAUGUUUAAUACAGAUGUUCUGUAUUCACUGUGUUGGUACAUUUCAGUCUACUUUACUGGUAUGGAUGGCUCUGGAUCGGUUCUUUGCUAUUUGUAAACCUCUGUAUUAUCACAAAUUUAUGCAGAUGCCCAACUUUUUAAAGUACAUUAUUUUUCCAGUUGUCAGGAACGGACUCCUAAUUAUUGUAAUGAUCUCUAGAGUUGGGAAAUUAUCGUUUUGUAAGACUAAUGAGAUUGAUCAUUGCUUUUGUGAACACAUGGCACUGGUUCAGCUGGCAUGUGGAGACAUUUCUAUUAACAACCUGUUAGGUCUUUUGGCUGCAUUUCUUAUAAUAACUGCAGAUUUUCUUUUUAUUACAAUAUCAUAUUUUGUAAUACUCACUUCUGUCCUUAAAUCAGGGAAAUCUCAUUUAAAAGCUAUUAACACCUGUAUUACUCAUAUAAUUGUCAUGACAGUUACAAUAACUUUUGCCUUAAUUGCGUUUAUGUCAUACAGAGUAAGAAAUAACUUCUCCCCCAACAGCCGUGUCUUUCUGAGCACAAUGUACCUGCUUUUCCCAAGCUGUUUCAACCCGAUUAUUUAUGGAGUGAGAACAAAAGAAAUUAGAGAACAGUUUCUGAAAUUUAUUCAUCAAAUGAAAGUAUUUCCAAAGUAAUCAAUUAUUAUGCACUGUCUCACAUAACAUACAUAUAGUAUCAACUUACAUUUAAUGUGUCACAUCUUUUUCACUACUUUGAUCGUAAUGCUAAAUUGCACAAUAGUUUGCUUUUAAAUAAAUGAAUGAAGUAAUAUAUUUGUACAUUUGAAAUGCAUUUUUUGUAAAAACGCACAUACUCAAAAAGCCCAGUAAAAAAUUAUUUAUCAAAUCAGAUGUGUCUGGCAAAUUGUCUUUACAUUUAAACUCAUCCAAUGUAAUGUGCAAUAAUGUGGGUCUUUAUGCUGACAUUUUGUGGGGGGCACAAUGCAAAAUAAAUUAGGACAUGACACGUCCAUCCAAAUAUGUGUCCCAUAAUGCUACCAUACAAGUAUUUAUAAACUUUUUGAGAACACCAAUAUUACAAGUCCUGCUUGCAGAUGAAAAUGCAGGCUUAAAAAAAUCAUCUGUGUGAAAUAUCAGCUGAACUUGCAUGUUCUGUCCAAUAUGUAUGUUCCAACUAGGCCGGGGCUUAACGACACUGUUACUUAUGAUGGUUGUCAAAUACAUGGAAGAAUAUAAAAUUGGUAACCAAUACAGAUUGAAACUAUUAACAAUAUUAACUAUUAACUAUUUUUGCCAUUUUUUUAUUAAUAAUUUAUCCUGUUACUGCUUUUUAUCCAUGCUGCUAUAGAAAAUUUGCACUCUGGACUUCAUGUUGCUGCUACUUUCCUACUCCCCUUUAUAUUUUGUGUAUUUAUCUUGUUUAUCUAUCAAUUUUAUUUAAUUUUGAUCUUUAUAUUUAUCUAUUUAACAAUUGCUCUUUGGGUGUAACUGGAUCUU